AUGUCGCCUUCUUUAUCUACUAUCUUAGUUCCUGACCUUGAACCUUCUUAUACUCUCGGCUCCAUCCUUCAACGCCACUUUUCUUCUUCGGUGCAAGUCAAAGGAGUCUAUCCGCUCAAGGGCCACCUACAUUCAAUCAGUCGUCUCGUACUAUCGAAUGGGGUCCAACUGCUUCUGAAGUGUUCUCCAGGGUCGACUACACCUCUCUUACGACGAGAACAGCUUCUACUUGAGACUGAAGCCCGUGCUCACUCCAUCCUUGUCCAACAAGACACUCCAUAUAUCCCAUCUUUCCUGCAUUAUGGUCUCCAUGGAGGACCGUUGGGCUCUGCCUUCUUAGUAAGACACUAUGUCAACGGGGCGACACUGCAGGAGCUGGAAGCCGCGCUUACCAUGCAAGAGCGGGAUGAUCUCAACCGGGCCUUGGGGUCAUUAGCUCGUGAGAUCGGACAGAAUUUCUCCAGCUCCUUUGGCUCACUAGACCAGGUAGCCUGUGGAUCAGGGAAGCAGUCCUGGCGAGAAGCGUUCGUGACACUUCUAGAAGGCAUUCUUCGGGACUCUGAAGAUGCUUUUGUUCAUCUUCCAUAUGCGGAGAUUCGAAACCAAGUUCGUCGGCUGUCCCCUGCACUCGAGGAAAUCACGUCACCGCAACUAGUGAUUGUUGGACUAGGCCGACCGUCGCAGGUGGUGCUGAAUCCGGGGUCGAAGAAGCUCGCAGGACUUCUAGGGCUCGAGAAUACUCUCUGGGGCGACGUGCAUAUGGCGGAGAUCUUUGAGGCGCCGUCUCCCGCUGUGUUGGAGGGCUUUGGUACUCGACUGAAGGCAAAUAAGGCCCAGGUGGCCCGUCAAUUACUGUAUGCCUGCUAUCGUGCUGUGCACCAGGUUACGAUACACUACUACCGCGAUCAGGGAAUGGCCGCCGAGAUCGAUGCUAGGAGACGAUUAACGUCGAUAUUAGCUGAAAUGGCCUCGGUAGACGGAAUUUGCACGUUAUGUUAA